GAGGGCGCUGCAGGACACAGAAUGGAAGUGAAGGGCAGUGCUUGUGCCUCAGUGCAUGUGGCACUCCACUACAACAUCCCUACUCCUACUGACAGCACAACACUCAGUAUCCAGGUGAAGACAGAGGUGGACUGCAACAGCAACUCUUUGAGACCCAGAGUCACGCUGAAACUCCAGUCUCAAUACAAUGGAAAGGAGCUGACCACCAAUAUGAUUAUAGUGGAUUUGAAAAUGCUGUCUGGGUUUGCCCCAGACCCAGACUCUUUGGGGAGGGUGAGGAGUUCACUUCUAGUGGAUUGUGUUGGUACUAAAGAUGGCCAUGUUUUAACGUACUUGACAGGGGUGAGACCAAAACCACCCGUCAGUUUGAAACUGUGUACAUAGUACACGCAAUGGAAU